AUGGCAUCUACAAGCACUCCUCAACGCGCCUCGGAACGCACUCCAUUUGCUGCACUUCCACUCUCGAGAUUCUACCCUGCCUCUGACUGUGGUGCUGUUCCCUCAUCAGCCAAGAAGCCUUCGUUCACACCUGGCUCCGCAUCACUCAAGCGCAGGUUAAGCCCCCUCACGCUUGCCACCAUCCACCCCUGGCGAGUUUGCUAUCCUCGCCCACCCAAGAUGGUCUCCAAAUGCCUCUUUGAAGACGUCGAAAUGGAUGCAGACGGUUCGGGAUUUGGCGCCAGUCCUGCAAUGAAGCUAAAUUACGAACCAUCGCCUGCCUCCCCGUCAAAUGCACCGAGCACCUCCUAUCUUCCCCCACCUCUCCUGACCGACCGGUUCCCUACACAUUCGUCCCCCUCAUCCACACCGAAAAUGCGCGGCCCUGGUACACCUGUGCUGGCUCCUUCGCCUGAAAUAGUGACGAGUGCUAGUUCCAAUCGAAACUCCUCUCGGUGGAUACCGAACAAGAGUCGUGACCCCGAGGCACACCACCCCGGCUUCGAUGUUUAUUGCGAUCCAAUUGGGUAUGACGCCUCGGACAUGUCCUCGCCUAUGUCAUGGGAGGACGACCUGAGUCCACCAGAACUGGUGUUCGAUUCUCCUAAAGAAAACGACGCUCCUCCGCGAAAGGCAAAGCGUAUGCCUGCGCCGUUGUCUCUGGCCAAAGACGGUCUUGGAAGCUCUCCAUUAAGCAACACCCCUAAACGCCCAUCUCGACUGGCGGCUUCGAUGAGUAUUGAGUCGCCAUGGUCACGAAUGCAACAAUGA